CACUAACGUAACCUGUGGCUUUUUAAGCUGUGGGGAAUGCCCGUGUAUAACACAGCAGCAAUCUAAAGCACGACAGCAAAUUCAUUUAUCAGUUACGUAAGAAAAGCAGCAGAUAGUUUCCAGUUGCCUAAAGUGUUGGACUGCGCAGAGGUCACGCCGAGGUAAAAGGAGGAAGAUGAGUUCUUUUAUGGGAGCACUCGCCAAAAAUGGUAGAUCACUCUCACGAAAUAUGACAUCAUCUGUGCUGAGGGGUAAUAGCAAGGCGAAGAGUGGAGACAUCCAUGUCCAGCAGGUGCCUGAGAGCCGUUACCGUGACGUGCUGGACCAUAUCACCCCGAUCUUCCUGCAGGAUGAGCCCCUGUCUCAGUGCUUCCCGCACUGCACCACAGGACAGAGAGAACGGGAUUUCCACGAAUACGCGGAAACGCAACUGCGCAGUGGCCUGUGCGUCAUGGCGCUAGAUGGAUCCACUGUCGUCGGUGCUUGCCUUAGCCGGCCUUUAAAAAGAGACCAGGUGAUCGGGUGUUCAAUACCACCCUCUGAUGAUCCAGCUGAAGACCCCCUAAUUGCCAAUGUAGCGCGCAUGCUUAUAACAGUUCACCAACAGCUGAACCUCUUCGAAACUCUUGGAGUUGACACAUUCUUCGAGGUUGGACUAUUAUCUGUGGAGCCUUCACACACAGGAAGAGGAUUGGCUCUGAAGAUGGCGCGAGCUAGUCUGGAACUGGGGGCCUCGCAAGGGUUUCGGGCAGCAAAGGCCGACUGCACCAGUGCGGCGUCAGCUAGUAUUAUGGGGCGGACCGGCAUGAUGCCUGUCCACAGGUUGCUGUACGACGAGUACAAGAUUGAUAAUAGAGUGGUAUUCAAGAAGACGCCGAUAAGAGGUCCUGCCCUGACAGUGAUGGCUGCCAGGCUGCAAGAUAUACAGCCACACGUUCUACCAGUUGAAAUAAAGUCUAAAAUAUGAUUAGGCCCAAACUUGAUGCUGAUUAUAACUUCACGGGUUGGCAACAUUCGACCCGCCAGCACACGAUUCUUAUGACGUGCCAACUUACAUAAUAAAAAUUGUUAUAAAAUA